CUAAAACCUGGAGCCUGUAGCAGAAAGUGAAACCCUAGUGAUCCAGACAAAGAUCAUGGUUGGGACUAGCUGGCCACAGAUGAAGCCUCAGACCAGAAACAAGUGGCUCGAAUGGAUCCAGAAACAUUCUUCUACAACUUUUAUAAUAGGCCCAUCCUUUCUCGUCGGAACACCGUCUGGCUGUGCCACGAAGUGAAAAUGAAAACAAACGACCGCCCAAGGUCCCCUUUGGUUGCAAAGAUCUUUCAAGGCCAGGUCUAUUCCAAGCCUCAACACCACCCAGAGAUGAGAUUCUUCCAUUGGUUCCACAAGUGGAAGCCGCAUAGUGACCAGGAGUACGAGGUUACCUGGUUUGUAUCCUGGAGCCCCUGCCCAGUGUGUGCAAGGAAUGUGGCCAAGUUCCUGGCCGAGGACGGGAAGGUCUCCCUGACCAUCUUCGUGGCCCGCCUCUACUACUUCUGGGACCCACAUUACCGGGAGGAGCUUCGCAGACUGUGUCAGAAAAGAGACAAUCCGCAUGCCACCAUAAAGAGCAUGAGUUAUGGCGAAUUUCAACACUGUUGGGACAAGUUCGUGUACAACCAAAGAUUGUACAAGCCUUGGGAUAAGCUGCCUAAACAUUAUACAUUACUGCAUGUCACCCUGGGGGAGGUUCUCAGACACGUGAUAGAUCCAGGCACAUUCACUUACAACUUUACCAAUGACCCUUCGGUCCUUGGACGGCACCAGACCUACCAGUGUUAUGAGGUGGAGCACCUGCACAAUGGCACCUGCGUCCCGCUGGACCAGCACAGGGGCUUCAUACUCAACGAGGCUUCAAAUAAUCCCGGUUUCCCUGAAGGCUGCCAUGCAGAGCUGUGCCUCCUGUACCUGAUUUCCUUUUGGAAGCUGAAAUAGGCCCAGCGCUACAGGGUCACCUGCUUCAUCUCCUGGAGCCCCUGCUUCAGCUGUGCCAAGAAGGUGGCUGAAUUCCUUUAAGUGAACCCAUAUGCGAGCCUGUGCAUCUUCGCUGCCCGCAUCUAUGAUUAUCAACAAGAAUAUAAAAAGGGCCUGUGCAGGCUGGACAGAGCUGGGGCCCCAAUUUCCGUGAUGAAAUACAGUGAGUUUAGGCACUGCUGGGACACCUUUCUAGGUCACCAGGGACACCCCUUCCAGCCCUGGGAUGGACUAGAUGAGCACAGCCAAGCCCUGAGUGGGAGGCUGCAGGCCAUUCUCCAGGGAAACUGAUGGAUGAGCCUCAGUCUCUAAGGAAGGCAGAGACCUGGGUUGAGCAGCAGAAUAAAAGCUCUUCUUCCAAGAAAUACAACCAGGCCGUUCACCACAAUCUCCAGCUGAUCACAGACGCCAGCAAAGCAAUGCGCUCCUGACCAAGCAGAUUCUUUUCAAAAUUAGAGUGAAUUAUCUUUAAUCAAAAAUUUAUGUGCUACAGUAGUAAGAUUGUGCUCAAUACACUCAGAAAAGUUUCAGACCUACUAAUCCAGUGACAAUUUGAAUUGGUUUUAUAUGUAGAGGAAUACAAUGAAAUACUAAAUAUU